GCAAAUUCAUUUACAUCUCAUUCUUGGCUCCGCAAACACGCGGUUUUUGUUUCAAUUAUAUAACCUCCAUAGCGUCUUUGGUGGCAACUCAGAGAAAAAACGACAAGAGCUUCGCAGUUCAGCUUCGCGACACCAGAAAGACGUCGGGAAAAGUGUCUUUUAAGGAAAAAACAGACUUCGAAAAUGGAAUCACAUGAGAAGACGGUUCACGUCGUGGACUUAACUCGCGACGGUGAAGACAUUGAAAUGCGAAUCGAAAAUGGCAUCAAACCCAAACAGCUGAAGGACUUAGAUGAUCUGUUCCCGUACAUCGGUGGAUUCGGUUGGUUUCAACGGAUGCUGUUCCUCCUGAUGAUACCCUACUCCUUCUUCUUCGCCUUCGUCUACUUCUCACAGAUAUUCAUGACGUUGGUGCCAGCUGAACACUGGUGUAAUGUUCCUGAGCUGAGGAAUCUUAGUGUGGAACUGCGACGUCAUCUAUCAAUACCUCAAACUCAGGAUCUAAAGUACGAAAGAUGUUUGGUUUACGAUGUAAAUUGGGAGGAGAUUUUGUCAACUGGCAACCUUGAACCAAAUCCAACAUGGCCGACGAAGAAAUGUACUGGAAAAUGGGAAUUCAACUUUACUGAUAUACCUUAUGAGACUAUUGCAACUCAAUUGGAUUGGGUGUGUGACAGAGAUGAAUACCCGGCCACAGCGCAGGCUGUGUUCUUCUGCGGAGCUAUUGUUGGUGGUCUGAUAUUCGGAUGGAUUGCUGACAAAUUCGGAAGAAUCCCAGCCAUUGUUGGGACGAAUAUGGUGGGAUUCCUGGCUGGAGUGGGAACAGCUUUCGCGAACAGUUUCUGGUCAUUCUGCAUAUGCAGGUUCCUUGUAGGUCUUGCAUAUGACAACUGCUUUAUGGUCAUGUAUAUUGUUGUUGUGGAGUACGUGGGUCCAAAAUGGCGCACAUUCGUCGCCAACAUGUCCAUAGCGGUCUACUUCACCUUCGCAGCCUGUAUGUUACCCUGGAUAGCCCUGGCUGUGGCAGAUUGGAAAAUAUACACAUUGAUUACCAGUGUACCACUGGUCCUGUCAAUUUUAACUCCAUGCGUGGUUCCAGAAAGUGCCCGGUGGCUCAUAUCUCAAGGGCGUAUUGAAGAAGCAUUGAAGAUCAUACAGAAAUGCGAAAGAGUAAACAGAAGGAAAAUCCCUGACGAAAUACUUAAAGAGUUUAGGGAAACUGCAACAGAAAUCGCAAAAGCUGAAGAAGAGCUGAAGGCCUAUUCGUUCCUGGACCUGUUCCGAACUCCUCGACUUCGUCGUCACACAAUACUACUACUUUUGAUAUGGAUGUCAAUAGCCAUGGUUUUUGAUGGCCACGUCAGGAAUGUAGGGUCAUUGGGACUGGAUAUGUUUGUAACCUUCACAAUCGCAACAGCAACGGAGUUCCCAGCAGAUGUUUUGCUUAUUUUGACUUUGGAUAUAGUUGGCAGACGGUGGCUCGCUUUUGGUUCCAUGGUGAUGAGUGGCGUCUUCAGUUUUCUAGCAACUACAGUUCCGUUUGGUUUACCGUCGGCAACCCUAGCAAUCAUCGGUCGCUUCGCGGUCAACAUUUCAUUCAACAUCGGGAUGCAGUACGCUGCGGAACUGCUGCCAACUGUGGUUCGAGCUCAAGGGCUGGCACUCAUCCAUAUCACGGGAUACGUAGCCACUAUACUAGUGCCGUAUAUUGUUUACUUGGCAACAAUAGCUGCAGAAAUACCUCUACUAAUUCUGGGCACCAUCGGGAUAUUUGGUGGAUGUCUUUGCCUGUUCCUGCCAGAAUCGAUGGGCAAGGAUAUGCCUCAGACUAUACUGGAUGGUGAAGAGUAUGGGAAGCAUCAGAAAUUUUGGGAUGUUCCGUGUUUUAAGAGAAAAGUUUGUGAUGCAGUGGAAUCGAGAAAGCCAUGAUGAAGAAGAUAAUAAAUAAAUGAUAAUUUAUAAAAU